AUGUCUGGUACUGAGACGAAGAAGAAAGUGCCGAAAAAGGGUGGCUACGAGAACCCAGCUUUGAGAGCUUUGGGUAUAAAGAGAAUUUCUAUACCAUCGAAAAAAUGGAUGGUAUUUUGGACGGUAUUGGUUGGGAUUGGAUCAACCAUCGCAUAUGAUAAAUACGAACAAAAACAAAUUAGGCAAAAGUGGAUGGAAAAAGUUAAACAAUUUGGAGAGGAAACAUACGAUAUCAAUAGAAUUCCCAGAAAACUUACGAUUUAUAUAGCGCCACCACCUAAUGAUUUUCUAGAUGAGUCCUUGAAAAUAUUUAGAAAAUUCAUAAAACCGGUGUUAAAUUCUGGGUCUGUUGAAUUUCAAGUGUUUAGCGAGAAUAGGCAAGGAGAUAUAAGGGCCAACGUUGCGCAGAGGAUAAGAGAUCGAAGAUCUAAAGAAGUUUGUAAAGGAAAUGAAUUAAAGGAAAAUGUGGAGAAUGUGGAGAAAACAAGCGAUGACGAGGACAAAACAGUAAGUCGAUCAACGUUAUACAAACCAGCUGACGUCCUUGGGCUAUACAAGAUUUUUCCUAAGGAAAUCGGUGUGGUUUCUGACGACGCUAAAGAUGACGUAUCAAAAUCGGGAGGUGUGAUAUGUAUUGGGAGAGGUGCAUUCAAAGAAUAUAUUAGUGGAUUACACGAAGGGUUACUAGGACCCUUGACCAAACCCGAGGCAGUAGCAGCGGAAGAAGAGAAGAGGGCUGCAGAAAAAGCUGAUGAGCCAGCUAUUGAUGAAGACAAUGAAGAAGCAAAUUUGAAACCAGUUCCAAUGAAGUAUAUAAGUGGGAAAGAGUACCAAGAUGCACCAUUAGCACCCGAAUUGGAUAUGCGUGUUACUGUCAGAGACGAGAAGGGGGUCCCUGAAUUUUUUGAGCAACCGGUUUAUGUUUUUCCAGUACCGAAAGUUCAAGGAAUAAUGAAUACACCUCGCAAGAUUUACAACUACCUCACAAAGAGGUACCUUGCGGACGAUUUUGGAAAUAGAGCGAGCCACAUUGUAAGGCAAGAAACCGUACCAUUUGAAUAUAAGCAUACAUUAAUGGCGGCGGAAGAAGAAUCUGAUUGGCCAGAGAAAUGGAUUCAAAAGGGUCUAGAAAAGAAAUCAGAAUGGGUUCAAGAGUUGGAUUACGAUGAUAGAGUGAUCUCAAGACUACGUGUUUUUGAUGAUAAGAAAUAA